UUUGGCAGGCUUGCUGCCUACGUGGGAAAUGAUUCAACUGCAAACAGAAACAAUUAUGGGGAGUAGGUGUUUCUGGCGAUGAACCCCUUGUCGUGCGACUCUGAAAGAACUGAGUUACAAAAUGUGGCUAAAACCUGAAGAAGUGCUGUUGAAGAAUGCCCUAAAGCUCUGGGUCACUGAGAAGUCAAAUGAUUAUUUCAUCUUGCAGAGAAGGCGAGGAUAUGGAGAGGGAGGAGGUGGCUUAACAGGUCUCCUUGUGGGAACACUAGACACGGUCCUGGACUCCACAGCUAAAGUUGCACCAUUCCGUAUACUCCACCAGACGCCCGACUCCCAGGUUUACUGGUCAAUAGCAUGUGGUGCCACCAGAGAGGAGAUUGUCAAACACUGGAAGUGGCUGGAGCAGAAUGUCAUGAGGACGCUCUCGGUCUUUGAUUCCAGCGAAGACAUCACCAGCUUCGUCCAGGGAAAAAUAAGAGGCUUGAUAGCAGAGGAAGGAAAAAGCUCUCUUGUGAAAGAAGAAGAUCCUGAGAAGUUCCGGGAGGCUCUGCUGCGUUUCGAGAAGUGGUUUGGCCUGCCGGAAAAAGAGAAGCUUGUUACCUAUUAUUCCUGCAGCUACUGGAGGGGGAGGGUGCCCUGUCAGGGCUGGCUCUAUCUCAGCACCAACUUCCUCAGUUUCUACUCCUUUCUGCUUGGAUCUGAGGUGAAGUUCAUUAUUUCAUGGGAUGAAAUAUGGAAACUGGAGAAGACCUCCAAUGUGAUCCUGACUGAGAGUAUUCAUGUGUUUGCACGGGGGGAAGACCAUUACUUCUCUAUGUUCCUGCACCUCAAUGAGACCUUCCUGCUGAUGGAGCAGUUGGCCGAUUAUGCCAUCAAGAGACUGUUUGACAAGGAAACCUUCGAAGGAGAUCCUGCUCUUAGUGACCCUCUUCAGGUCACAAAGAGAGGUUUGGAGACGCGGGCCCGGAACGAGCAGUUCAGGGCUUUUUUCCGGCUGCCGCGAGAGGAGAACCUGCUGGAGGUCCACGAGAGCUUCCUGUGGGUUCCCUUUAGCCACUUCAACACCCUGGGCAAGAUCUGCGUCUCCGAGAACUAUCUCUGCUUUGCAAGCCAGGACGGCAGCCAGUGCUACGUCAUCAUCCCCGUGCGAGAGGUUGUUGGAGUGGAGAAGUCGGACAGUGCGAACAAAGCAUUGACUGUGUGUGUCAGGGGGAAAAGAGCUGUCCGCUUCUCAGAGGUCAGGGAUUUUGAGCGCCUUGCCUAUAUAAUCCGGAUGAGGUGUGGGACAGCAGCCAGCCCCCAGCACAGCGGCACAAGAGAGCAGAUCACUGAGGCCUGUCAGAGUCUCAUUGAGCAUUUUGAGGACAAUCCUGAGGAGGUAGCUCUGAUGGUGGGACAGAAAGGCACAAGCAAGACCGUUAGCACGGAGGCCCUGAUGACGGUCUUCCAUCCGCAAGAUGCAGAAAACCUGGAUCCCAAAAUGCUUAAAGAGAAGAUGAAGGAGCAGUCGUGGAACAUUCACUUUGCAGAGUAUGGUCGGGGAAUGAGCAUGUUCCGCACGAAGAAGACCCGUGACCUCAUUGUCCGUGGUGUUCCCGAAGCCUUACGAGGAGAGCUGUGGCUGCUAUUUUCAGGUGCUGUCAAUGAUAUGGCCACUCACCCUGGUUACUACACUGAGCUGGUAGAGAAGUCUAUGGGCACGUGCACCUUGGCCACCGAUGAGAUCGAGAGGGACCUGCACCGCUCUCUCCCUGAGCACCCCGCCUUUCAGAGCGACACGGGGAUCUCCGCCCUGCGCAGGGUGCUCACGGCCUACGCCUACAGGAACCCCAAAAUUGGAUACUGUCAGGCGAUGAACAUUCUCACAUCAGUCCUGCUCCUGUAUGCAAAAGAAGAGGAGGCCUUUUGGCUGCUGGUGGCAGUAUGUGAGAGGAUGCUGCCAGACUAUUUCAACCGGAGAAUCAUCGGAGCCUUAGUGGAUCAGGCUGUGUUUGAGGAGUUGAUCAGGGAGCGCCUGUCCCAGCUGACUGAACACAUGACAGACAUGACCUUCUUCUCGUCUGUGUCGCUGUCCUGGUUCCUGACUCUGUUCAUCAGCGUGCUACCCAUCGAGAGCGCCGUGAAUGUAGUGGACUGCUUCUUCUACGAUGGCAUCAAGGCCAUCUUGCAGCUGGGGCUGGCUGUGCUGGACUACAACAUGGACCGGCUGCUCACCUGCCGUGAUGAUGCUGAGGCUGUCACUGUUCUCAACAAGUUCUUUGACAAUGUUGCCAACAAGGACAGCCCUUUGCCAGCUACUGUGCUGCAACAGGCUCCUGUAGGGAGCGAUGGGAAUAAGUCUCAUCCCAGAGUGGAUAUCACUGACCUUAUCAAAGACUCCUAUGAGAAAUAUGGUGGCAUUCGAUCUGAGGAAGUGGAGAGCAUGAGGAGAAGAAACAAACUGUAUGUGAUCCAGACUUUAGAAGACACAACAAAACAAAAUGUUUUAAGAGUUGUGUCUCAGGAGGUGAAGUUUAGUUCAACUGAACUGGAAGACCUUUACAAUCUUUUCAAGAGGCAGCAUUUCCUGAGUUGUUACUGGACGAUGAACAGCCCCAUCCUCCUGCACCAUGACCCCAGCCUGCCAUAUCUCGAGCAGUACCAGCUGAGUCACCACCAGUUCCGUGCCCUCUUCCUCCUUCUGAGUCCCUGGGCCCAUUGUGCCAACCUGGAUGCCCUUACUCUCUGGACGUUCCGCCUCCUAGAUGAAAAUCAAGAUGGCCUUAUCAACUUCAAAGAAUUCUGCUGUGCCCUGGAUGUUACAUACAGCGGAACAUUUACGGAAAAACUGAAAUUCCUUUUCAAGAUACAUUUACCACCAGCAUUUACAGAGAUAGAAACAGAGAGUCCUGUGUUCUCAAAAGGCAACAGCUUUUCUAAAGAAGAUCUGUCAUACUUGAGUCGCCUGAAUGUGUCUUUACCAGAUGCUUCUGAAGAUGGAGUCAUCAGGAAAAGCCCAGAAAGAGGGAAAGGUAAAGUCGAUCUUCAGGCUUACCUUAAACAAUGGCAGGAUGAGCUCCUCAAAAAAGAAGAAAGCAUUAAGGAUUUGCCAAGAAUAAACCAGGCCCAGUUCAUCCAGUUCUCCAAGACGAUGUACAACCUUUUCCAUGGGGACCCAGAGGAGGAGUCCCUGUACCGGGCAAUCGCUCGAGUCACAAGCCUCUUACUGAAGAUGGAGGAAGUCGGAAGAAGGCUGCAAGGGUCUGGCACUCUUACCCAGGCUGCCCCAGUGCAGUCGGACACCGUGCAGCCAGAGAGCAAGGCCCUGCCGCCAUCUGAGAGCUCCCCAGGCAGCCCCAGCAUGCCAAGCACAGCAGAGGGUGGGUUACAGCCAGAAGAGAUGGAGUGGUCUUUCUCCUUCGAGCAGAUCCUUCCUUCCCUUCUCAAUGAGCCUGUGAUCGUCCGUUUCUUCGAAAAACCCGCAGGCAUCCAGGCAAAACUGGAGCACGCCAAGACUGCUCAGCUCCGAGCUCAAAACAAGAAGUGAAGGAUCCUUUUUCCAAUCCUUCAUUAAAGCCAUAAAUGAUUUCUUACUUAUUUGUGUUAAAGGGAUGCACCUUAUGUACCCUUUUAUUAAACACACCAAGAAUCCUAUCCUUUUUCGGAAAGGUUUUGGCAACAAAGGUAAUAAAAGCCUUUAUUUUUCAGGACACCUCAGAUACUUGCUUUCCAGUUGUGAAUAGCAGGCAGGUGACUUGUUUUAAAACACCUGCUAACUAGAUUGACAACGUACUGUACUAGUUGCUGUGUUGGCAGCACCAGUUUUUUUAAAGGAAAUUCAAGUAUUUGGGGAUAAAGUUGGUUAAAGUAGAAGGAGCAUUUCUCCUUGCAAGUAUCAGACCAUUUAAGGUACUGUCUGUUGUGAGUUUUAAGUUGACUGGAAAUGGUUUGGAAUGUGUUAAGCCACCAUUGCUGUUGGUUUUUUUAGUUGUCCCAAAACUAAAGCAAAGGGAAAUAGACAGUAAACUGGCUGGCUGAAACUUGGUUCAUAGAUAAGGUGUCGUCCGCUGUCAAGGUGCCAUACACUGAGCUAAUAAAUUUCAACAUCAAAAAAGGCAUAAAGAUAAUUUUUUCUUAUACUUUAAUGAUUUGUUAAUACACAAAACACCUGUUUGGAAACAGCAGUACCCAAAGGUUUCCUUAGUACGGAUGAUUAUUGAGUAUUGAAAUACACAAACCCCACUGGUUUUGAGCAGAUUUUACUGUUUUUAAAGAACCAGUUUUAACCAAAUUCAAAACAAUAACCUCUUACAACUGGUCGAGUCUGAACAAGCUGUUGGCAUUCUCCCUUCAGGGAAAUGAAAUGAAACCGUGGGUCUGAAAAUUCAUGGGUCACCUUCAAAAAACUAUAAAAGUCCUAUCUGAAUUAUCAAGAUCAAGAUCUGGGCACUUUCCUUUAUCAGCAUCAGGAAAAAAUAUCAGUUUGAAAGCAGUAGUUCAAAUGUUGAGAGUUUUAAAGCAUGUUAAUACCUACAUUAAUCAGCUGUGAUCUGUGCUUUGUACGUUUAACACUGAAAGGUAUUUGGAAAGCGGGAAAUGCAGAGGAUCUUUUGAAAAGCUUUUAUUAAAUGCUUUUUGGACAAAGUAUGUAAAGUUGGCCACUUCUUUAUGCAUGCUCUUUAGGAACAUAUUUUCCUGAUUUUUUAAUGUAAACAUUAUUGAAAGGUGUAUUUAAUAGCGAUGUAAAGUUUCUUGUUAAAAUCGCCCUAAGAAUCUUUUAGGUCAUCUUAAAAGUUCUAAUUUGAUAACACGUUUUGCUCGAUUGUGCAUGUAAUUUCUCGUUGCUGAUAAGCUAGCCAGAUAUUCGUUUGCAGCAUUGUUAGAAGACUUAAUAAAAAAAAAGAAUUCAGGCAGGUUUUGAGGGUCAGCAAAAUGCAGAGGGUUGUGGUGUUGCUAUGCCUCUGUUGAAAUUAAAUUUAACAAGAGAUUUUUUUCUUUCGGUUUGAACGUUUCUUAAUUUUGUUGAUAAUGGAAUGAAUUAGGAAAAAAAAUUGGAGAAACGGGUGUUUAGUGUGUGUUAAGUGAACUUUAAGUUAAGAGUUUCAGUUUUUAAUAAGGGUGCUGUAACUGUUCGGCUGUUAACAGAUUUAAUUGUGGAAGGUACAAUGUUGUGUCUUUAAUUCAGUACUAUGCCUUCAGAUGGCAAGAGCUGAUCUCUUACUUUAGAUGAAGGGAACAAUAAUGUGUUCUAAAGUAUGUUUAAUUCAAAAUACUGUAGCAAACAAAGGUGCAUGUUUCUUUUGCUGUUUAAAACAAGUUGGAUUCAUGUACAGAUAACAUUCCUGUAGUAUAUUAGGUUUGGUGAGUCUUGAAAAUUAUUAACUAUAUUAUUUAAUAGAUUUUAUAAUUUAAUAUUAAUUUAUAAAAAAGAAUGCAUUGGUUAAUGGAUUUUGAAACAAAUACAGUCUUUUAAACAGGCAUUAACAGUUGGAGUGUUUAGGACGUGGUAGAUAAGACCUUGAAAUAAAGUCUGUUUCAUUCAACAGUAUGUUCUGAAGUACUGUACGUACCAGUAUUAAAAACUUCAGAACAAAUAUCAUGCUAGAUGCAAAAGUACUACUUGAUAUAUCAACUGUAUUGCAAUUUGCAGUUUGCCUUUAAUCAAUAUGCAACUUUGUUAUGCUAAUUAAAUGAGUUGUCUGAUGAUAUCCAUCAUUAAUAUUCACACAACAAAAAACAGAAGGGUAUAACUAAAACUACAGAAACCACUUUCACUGUGUCAAUGCGAGCGUUUUCUGAAAUUGUAUUUUAACGUAUUCCAGCUUUACAGACAAUACUACAUACCUCUAUAAGUGUCCCAGUAAGAGUGCUCACUUUCAAGUAGUACAUAUACUUUUAUAUUUAUUGUAUAUUAGUCUCAUAAAGAGAAGAAAAUAUAAUUUAAAAAUGUUAGUUGAACAAUGUUUGAUACUUUAAAAAGUUGUACCCUCAUACAGAACUAGACAGCUGGUUUCUAAGACUAUUUUCGCAAUGUCUGUGUGAACCAUACUGCCAAAUAAUACAUUAUAUGUAGAAAGUCUACAUCUACUAAAUUGUGUUGAAUAGGAAGACUUUAAUACCUUCUGUGUAGUCAGGAGGAAAAAUGUGUUAAAUUUAACAAAUGAACCACUUAUAAGAAAGUUUGACUAGCAUGUAGAAUUAGGAGUGUCACAUUUUUGCACUUAUAGUUCAGUGCUUUAGAUAGGGAGAACAUCUGCAGUCUAAUACAAAAGAAAUAUAAGGUAUUUAUCAGAAAAAUGGCUAUACAAAUAGAGAACUCUUUUGUUUUUACUUUAUAAUUCUUAUAUUCUUUAGUAUGAAAAUGUAGUAAAUCAAGUGUAUGUCAUAAAAAUAAACAUUUUGAUCCCAUUAAAUAUGGCAUUUUCCAAGAUUUGCUCCAGGUUUUGUAAAGUAAAAUGCAGAAACAUAUGUGGUUAAGUAUGAAGACAGCCGUACAGAAACAAGAUGGAGUAUCCCCUUAUUUCUGAGACCUGGUGCUUCCACAGAAAACACCCAGACAUCAUUUUUUUUAUGUCUUCCUCAUCAAUGUAGUUACGUAUUUCCUCUGCUGAAGCUAUUGGGGUCUCGUUGUCUUUUAUCUUUAUCUUUCAGUUUUCUGAAGCACACCACAACUGUAUAGUUUUCUGGCUAAUAGCAAAAACAUGAAAGGAACUGUAAUAUACAGUACACCUGUAUAGAUUGAUUUUAUGAUAUUGUAGCUUUAGAAAUGUUGCUCCUAAUUGUGGUAAUGUAUUUAUAGGAGCACAGAAACUAGAAAAACUUAAAUAAUAUAUUUUCCUUAUCUUCAGAUGUCUUAAUAGGAAAAAAGAUGGCCUACUUAUAUCACUAGUGAAACAUCAUUUAACAUGAAUUAGGAAAUAUUUAUGAGAGCAUAUAUAAUUUGUUUAUAUUGAGAACAGUAGGAUGUACAAAUUGAAUGAGUAUUAUAUGCAGUAAUUUAAAAUGGAAAUAUGAAGCAAACUAGUCUAGACUUAACUUAGAUUAAUCUAUUUUUUUAAUUUUUGAAACUUGAGGCCUGUAGACAAAGUAAGAUCUUCAGCGAGUUUAAGUAAUUUCAUAGUGAAACACUAAACCUGGCAGCAACUUAAUUGUAGAACAAUUUCUAGAAUCUUUUUGACAGAUCAAUGGUAGUCCUGGAGCUAUUGUAUGAUUAAACUUGUGAAGGGUGAUGUUUUAUCGGUGCAUGAAAGAGCUGUGUAAUUAUGAAACAAAAGCUAUCAUCCACACUAAUAAGCAGUGUCAGUGGUUAUAAUUUGCAAAAAAACAAGUCGCAUAAUCCUGACUUUGAAAUAGAUGCUUUUUUUUAAAAAAUAAAGCAGUGUUUGAAACUAAGAUUUUUUAGGCAUUUUAAAUGAACAAUCGUAAAGCUGGAAGGAGACUGUUACUGUACCUUCAGUUUCUUUAAAUCGGCUGUUACCUAUUUGGGUGUUGAAGAAUUUGAAUUCCAGUGAUUUG